AAUAAUAAUAAUAAUAAUAAUAAUAAUAAUAAUAAUAAUAAUUCUUCAUGGGCCUCACAUCCUGAGAAGGGACCAGCUCCAGGAGUUGUGAUUACGGCGGAGACAGAGGGUUGGUUGUGUGUUCGUGAGCAACGUAAUGGUGGUAUUCGAUUUCAACGACGUUUACGAUCCGGUAGUGAUCCUUUUUGUCUCUGCUGGGGAUCUAUUUCUUCUAUUAGUUCUUCCUCUUCAUCAGAAUGUCAUUUCUUUGCUGGACAACAAUGUGGAUUAGUGACGAUGUUGCGAUUGACGGGAGAGACCAUUACGGAAAUGGCGGAUUGUGUAUUGCAUGAGACUCCCAUUGUCGCCAUGACUCGAGUUGUCUCUUUUUCCUCUGGUAUGAAAAAAGAUAUAUCUAUACAGUCAGAAGGAACUUCUACUUCUACUCUGGCCAAUACUACACAAUAUCUCUUAUUAACAUUAGAUACAAGUGGAAUACUGGGAGUGUGGAAUAUCACCACAGGAGAUGUGCAUUGUUUAUAUACCGUACAACUUCGAAAUCCACCGGUUCGUUGUUUGACAUCAUGUGAAUGGGAUACACCUGGAUGUGUAUUUAUUCCUGGCGGCAUCAUCAUCACAGAUGAGGUGAUGACAUCACCCCACAAGGAUACAAUAAAUAGUAAUAACAUCAAUAACAAUACAGAGAAGGUAAACUCUUCUUCUACUUCUACUACUACUACUUCUACUACUACUAGUUCUUGUUGUUUAGAUAUUGAACUUCUGCGUCUCCCCUCAUGUGAAAUGGGAAAGAUGUGGGAAACUCUAUCCAUCUACACAGGUGCAGAGACGCCUGUUAUCUCCAUGGCCAUUGUCCCUCGCAUAGGAUCUAGUGGUAAAAUAGAAUCUACACUGUGGGGAGGAACAGAAGGCGGGACUCUGCAUAUGUGGGAUGUGGCCAGCCGUACACCCCUGCGAGUCAUUAAACCCUCUUCUAUUUCUAAUUCUAAUUCCUCUUCUUCUUCUUCUUUCUUAUCAUCAUCCAUUCAUUAUAUUUUGUCCGCACCGCAUGUGGAUGCUCAACAUGUGUGGGUGUGUACACGUGGAGGAAGAAUGGCGGUGUGGGAUGCAAAUGCCUUUUUAUUAUUAUGUGAAUUGCCAGUUAGUUAUCCAAAAGGUCCCGCCUUAUCAGAAGGAAACCCUAAUGUUUCUUCUUCUUCUUAUCAUCAUCAUCAUAAUAGUCGUCCUCCUCGUCGUGAGAAAUCUUCUGAUCAUACUUUACAACAUCUUGUGGAGGAUGUGAGAGAUGCACCCAAUCACUUUACUCUCUUUGUAUAUCCCAUUGAACCCGUGCAAACUGUACGUUUAUGGUCGGCAGCAACAGACGGUACCGUACGCUCAUGGUUGUGCCAAACCAAAACAACAACAAGAAGAGAAAGUAAGAAGUGUAGUAAUAAUAAUAAUAAUAAUAAUAAUAAUAAUAAUAAUAAUAAUAAUAAUAAUAAUAAUAAUAAUAAUAAUGGAAUUGAUAGAGCCACUGUACGUGCCUUUAUUGAGAGAAAAGCAAAAUUGUUUACACAUGAAACCACAAGUUUGCGUGAGAGAAUAGCACAACUCACUCAGGAGGUAAAUGCAUUACAGGCGCGGAAUCGUGUAUUGGCAGAGGCUCUCAAAACUGCUAUUGCUCAUAUCUCCAUUACAAAGAAUACAGAUACUACUAUGGAUAACAAUAACAACAAGGAGGAAAGUAAUCAUGAGGAUAAAAACGAAGUGAAUGAUGAUAAUAAUAGAAACACAAUAAUAGAUAUGAGUAGUCUCCCUGUAGACUCUCCACUUCCACAACGGCCCCCAAUAGAAAUAUUAGAUGAAGAAAGCCCACACAUAGAUGCUAUGCAUUCCGCAUUAACAGAAUUACAAGAGAGACUGCAAAACGCAUAUAAUAAGAAUGAACAACUCCUCGCUGAUAAAGAAGCCUUAAAUAUCAAAAUACAUGAAUAUUCAUCUCAGUUAGAAGCGAGAGAGUUAAAUGUCUCAUCAUCAUUGAUAGAUUCACAAAACGCCUUGAUGACUCAGGAGAAGGAUCAGAGUGAAGUAUCCUUAUUACAACAACAACUUCUUGUAUGUGAAGAAGAAAAGAUGAUGUAUAUUAAUCGUUGGCGAGAUGAACAAAUAUCUCGUGAAGCUGUUGAUGAAAAGUGUAAAGCUUACGAAGGACAUAUUCUUUUACUACAGGAGGAAUUAGGCCGCGUUAAAAUGUUAUCAUCUAUAUUGGCAUCUAAUACUUCCUUAUUAGAUGAUAAGGAUAAACCAAAAUGUUCUCAGCAUAAUGAAGGUGGCUAUAAUAAACAUAAUUAUAAUCAUGAUGACACGAAUGAAAGUAAUAAUACCAUUAAUACCAUUAAUGUUAAUAAUAAUGACACACAUGCAGUAAAGUUGCUUGAUUUUUAUGUUAGAACAAUAGAAGAAGAUAAGAGGGAGUUUAACGAUAAAGAUAUAACUUUACAAGACUCCGAGAUGAUAACAAGGAUGAACCCCUCAUCUUCUCAACAUGUUAACAAGCAAGAUAAGAUACGAUUAGAGUGGGAUCAGAUUAUACAAGCACGUGAAGAAGUUAAGGAACAGGCAUUACAACUGCAGCGUAUGCACGAACAACAACAACGAAAAGAAGAAAUACUUUUGGGACAUGCGGAACGACUGUGUGCUUUAGAAGAAGAACUCCGCCGUGAAGAACGCCGAUUAAUGCAAUGGAGACAAGUGGGUCGGUAA